UUUCGUGAAAAAAGGAGGGAAAAACUGAAUCCGCAGCGGGUAGUAAAAGAAUAUCGAACAGAGUUUGUCAUGGGGAGAAUUUUACCAAGACAUCUAUUUCAAAGACUGCAAGUGGGCAAAGAAAACCUAAAAAGACAUUUAAUCCCAACCACCUUUAACUACAAAUUUGCAGAAUAUAGUGUAUGCAGGAUGCCGUCAAAUGUGGAAAUCAAAGCAUCAAUUGCAAGCCUUGAAGACUUUAAAAAGAGAGCUAAAGAAUUGAGCAAAACAGAUGGAGAAGUCUUAGUGCAGGAAGAUGUCUUUUUUCAUGUUCCUAAUGGUCGCUUAAAGCUAAGAACCAUCAAGGAUGAGAAAAGUGAAUUGAUCUCUUACAACAGACCUGAUGAGGAAGGACCUAAACAGAGUGAAUUUCACACCUCCCCAGUCGUCGACCCCAGCGCACUCAAGAAAUGUCUUGGUAGUGCCCUAGGUAUAAAAGGAAUAGUAAGAAAAGUGAGGACCCUCUUCAUGGUCGGACAAACCAGAGUCCAUGUUGACCAGGUGGAAGGGCUUGGGGAUUUCAUGGAAUUGGAGGUACAGAUGCAAGAAGGACAAUCCGUUGAACAAUUACAGAAAAUAGCAGAAGACCUAAUGGAGAAACUGGGUGUAUCAGAGAAAGAUCUCAUCUCUGUAGCUUACAUGGACCUGUUGCUUAAGAAGCAAUCGCAGACAUCGCAGGGUUAAUCACUCCAAAUAUGUAUGAAGUCUGCAAUUCUUCAUUUUUUCAUCUAAACUGAUCUCUCGUCUAUUUUUAGUCCCCCUACUAGUGAAGCCAGAGAACUGUAGGUUUGCACUCUGUCCAGCAAAUUUAUCUUCUGCUUUUUUAUUCGUCAUACUUGCAGAUACUCAAUUGAUAUUUGGUUCAUCGCUUUACCAUCACAAGUUACAGGUCAAGUUCGAAGUUUGUUAUGGUCCAUUCAUUUAUUUUGCUGAGUUAUGGCCCUGGGAUUUUGAAUACUCAGUUUUCUGCACUUUUUUCUUCAUACUUGUAGAUAUUCAUAGGAUAUUUGGUUUAUAGCCUUUACUAUGAGAAGAUGCAGAUCAGAUUCAGUUUUUUUCCUUCGGUCCAUUGACUUUACAGUGAGUUACAUAGAAAAUAUGGAUUUGAAUGUGUCAUGGCUUUUAUUCUAUGGAACCUAUGCAUAAACUGUUGAAGUAUGAGGCCAUCAUUAAAAAAUUUUUUGUUUGAUGUACUCCGACCCACAUUUUUCAAGUCGGGUAGGUAGGUCGAUAUUUAAUUUUAUUUUUUUUGAAUGUCAAGAAAAUCAGAUUUACAAAUUUACUGAUGUUUUCAUUAAACACAUAUGCUGCCAGACAGAAUAGAGAUUAGAGCAAUCAUUUUGUACACAUUGUAUAUAAUACACGUAAAUCUUCCAAUGUCUCUUGAAAUUUACUCAGGACGUUUUGUAUUCGUCACGGAUGAGGACCUCUACAGUUGUUAAUAAAUAAGUUAACACCCCUUCUUAUUACCACCAAUCGAUUCUUCAAUUUGUGGUUUGACCUUCAUAAUAGAAAUCACUUAAACACUUUAAUGUGAUCAAUGAAUAUCCAAGUGAAUUGCUUGAUGACAGCAAUUUACAAUCAGUUUUAAUAUUGACCAAUAUAAUUUUAAUGUCGACUUCCCCACAUCGUUCAAUUUGUUGUGACGAUCAUUCGUGUAUCUCAGUUUAAGAGCAAAGUAAAAGUGCCUUUCACCUAUUAAAUCGUCUUAACAUUUAAAUAAUCCCAUAUCAAAAUUUUAUGCGUGCUUUUUCAGAAAUAUAGACCACCAACUUGAACGCAGACUCGUGGUCUGCCGGGUGCGCUAUCUCGCGUGAUUUUUGAUUUAAGUAACAUGGCUUUCAAACUUUUGUACACAAAUACGAUCAGGCCUCGACGGGGGAGUUCGUAGCUUCUUGCUCUAUCUUGUUGGUAGAUAAUGUGGUAAUUUGGAACAGGGAUGCGGUAUAUUUGAUCGUUCAUAUACCAAAGUGUUUGAAAAGUUCCCGGAUUAACAAAUGGUCAUUAUCAAAGUGAAAGUAGAACCGAAAGACACCUAAAGUACAUUUUUAAACAGUGUAACAAAAAUUCUGUAAAACAACUAGUCCAAAAAAAAAAAAAUGGCAUCAAGUUUAAAACUAAUUUGAAGAAUGUCUACUUUCCAGGGAGCAAAAAAAAAAAAAAAAAAAAUUAAAAAUUUCCAAGUGUGGAAAAAACGCUUGGGUCGGGGCAAAUUUCACGGAUCGGUCAGAGUACAUCAAAGAAAUCAAUUUUUAUUUUAAGCCUGAUUAUUUGUGCAAAAUACUCACGACAACUUGACCUGGGGUCAGUAGGGGACAUGUACAUGUAUUACUAUGCAAUGCUUACAGAAUAUUUGUUAAUGCAGUUUUAACAUUGAUAUUGGUGCAAUAAAAUUGUGCUUUUUCUAAG